AUGUGGGCUCACCAUCUCGUCAUCCCGCUAACUUUUGUCGUGCUCGGAGUGUGUCAAAUUGACAAAAGUCCAGCUAUGGUGAGAAAAACUAUUAGAACUCUAUAUAUUUUUGUGUUAUUGUUUCAGCUCGCUCAUUACAUGAAUCUGCUGACCCUCGGAGAAUCAUGGGUCGCCGCCAACUUUGACAUGAAAACAAACGGCACUUUCUUUCUAGCUAAAGAAGCUGAACGCCGUCUGGAAAUCGGAUUUUCCAAUAAAACCGUAUGUAAUCAUUAGCUGAACUUUGCAAAUUAUACAUAUUUCUAGCUGUUCAUGGUGGUCCCGAUAACAAAGAGCAAAUCGAAGGGACCGAACUGGCAGAAGCGAAUCGUCAUUGACUUUGACAGUGUCGGAAGAAUCGGCCCACUGCUGGACUUGAUCAUCACUUUCCAGCACAAUCAUAUUCAUGUGUACGAUGGGUGUGACGAGAUAUACUCAGGUUUCGAGCCACAUUUGGACUUGAUGUAAUCACCUCUUCCAAUGAUAUUAAUGGCAUUGACAAUUUGUGUUUCAGACUGAAUCACCCGCAUAUAAAGAUGGUAGAGAACUGGAAAGGCACUCCUCCAUCACGUUUCAUUAUUGGAUCCGGAUGGCCUAUUGGGCAGAAAUGCAAGAAAGAUGGUGUCAAGAAGAAGUAUGCGGAUCACUAUUCUGAAGAAAUUGAGAAGCAAUAUCAGCCGGUUAGUUCAUCACCUCUAGAUUUUUGAUCAACUCCAGAAAAAAGUCCCAUCGUGCUCACCAAACACGUCAGCUUUUAAUCGCGUGUUAAUUUAUUCUUCUAUUCCGUCACUUUGAGCUCUCCACAUUUUGAGUGACAAUUUGGGGACACUGACUGAUUGGAAAGCGCCUGAAGGCAUCCGAGUUCUUACUCAGAAAACGCCCUCAAGGAAAAAACACAUUAAGGGCUAAUUUUUGCAGAGUCCGGUCAUAGAUCUGAACCAAUUGUUCUACGAAGUUGUCAAACUGCCUCCGGUCGGGUUUGAAGGGUGUAUGGUGGGUUUUGCUGAAAACUGAAAAAGUUUGAUUUUUGUUCUGUUUUUAGGUUAACAAUGUUCUUAUCGCGGUGGGAGAGACAAAAACCCAGGACUGUAAUAGUUGUACAUGUGUUGGCAGGUCCCUUGUUCUUCAGUUUUUCGUUUGUGAAACUUGAGAAACUUCAGAGAUGAUCUGGUCUGUCGUGCCGUGGAAUGUCCGGCUGUCACCUGUGCACAUCCGAUGAUACGCAGCGGUGAUUGUUGCCCGACAUGCGGUCAACAGGUGAGCAACGAGCAGUUCAUACGAAUGACGAAAAGAAUGUUUUCAGUGUUUUUACGAAAAUCAUAAAAUCGCCAACCCGCACGGAGAAGUAUUCUGGCCAGGAGACUGCUAUCGCUGUCAGUGCUGGGACGCGGAAGUUCGCUGCUUCUCAGAGUAACAAUAUAAGUUAUGAGCUCGUUAGAAUGACGGCGAAUUCAGAUUUGCGACAUGUGAGCCGCCGGGUUGUCCGCAAGAAGAUUGGGUGUACAAUGAGAAAUUCAAUUGCUGUCCCAAAUGCCGUGACUUUGCACGUUUUUGUGUCGUCAAGCCGUGUCAUACAGACGCGGAGUGCACCGAUCUGAAAAGAGGGCCCAAAUGCUCGUGUAACACGGUGAGCAGAGCAGUCCCAAGAGGUUCAGUUGUUUGAAAUGAGCAAUUCUUUCAGGGAUACCAGGGAAAUGGCACGUAUUGCGAGGACAUUGACGAGUGCGCUUUCUCUCAAGACGCCAGGGAACAGGUUGGUCGUGUCAGUUCACGUGGUCCCUUGGGGUUCAGGAAAUUUCGCUCGUCUAUUGUCCAUAGGUGGGGGAGCGAAACGCGACGAGAAUACAAACAACAUCUGAAGAAAAAUGGAUAACUAUGAAUAACGAGUCUCCGGGGUCCCCGAAUUUUUUGUUUUCUAACACUUUUUUUUUACAAAUCUUAGCAUUCAACAAAAAAGGGAUUUCCAUUUCAGUUGCUGCAUUUCGGAGGAUGUUCUAGAGGAUCCGUGUGCCGCAAUGUACCCGGAAACUACAAAUGCGACUGUCUGCCUGGAUAUCAAAUGUUCGACGAGAGAACCUGUCUUCCACUGAUCCGAGUCUAG